UUCCAAAGUCAAAGGUAUAGUCUGAAUGUUUUUUAAUCAAGUACGAGUGUGAGUCGGAAUACCCUGAGAAUUAUUCAAGUCAUAAAUACAGACCAUGAUGGUGGAGUUCGCCUUUGAUAUCAAGCACCUCUUUCCGCAGUCGAUCAUCCGGGUGCAGGCGCACUCGCUAAGUCCCGAAGUCGCCCAAUGUAGACCUUACCCCCAAACGAAUCGGGGACAACAGCCGAGGAGCAGCUGCCGGCUUAGCGAAAUCAUAAACGUCAUGGGCAAGUUGUCAGCGGACGCCCAGGGGCUCUGCCAUGCAGUGACCUCCGCCGACAAGUUGGCUCCCGACCAGGUGGUAUAUCUAAUGGCGGACAAAGCGGCGGGACACUGGGAAAUCACCGGGCUGCUUAAGGUCGGCACCAAGGACCUCUUUGUCUUCGACCAGGGGGGCUGCUACCGACGGUUCAAUAAAACGCCAGCCAUUCUGGAUUUUUAUGUCCACGAGAGUCGCCAGCGCUGCGGCCAGGGCAAGCUGCUCUUCGAAUGGAUGCUGGAGAAGCAGGGCUGGUCAGCGCAGAAGUGCUCCGUAGACCGACCGUCCAAUAAGAUGCUGGCCUUCAUGGCCAAGCACUACGACCUGGUCCGCACCAUUCCGCAGGGCAACAAUUUUGUGCUCUACGAAGGCUUCUUCGAUGAUCCCAUCACCACGAGCAAAUCUGCAAGCGGGCUUCAGGCGACCGGCAGUAUCCGCAACCAGAGCCAGGGUCACUUCAAGCGCCAGGAACAUGAGCAGGCGCAGGACUAGAAAACCGUGUCAGGAACAUCGCUCAGGAACAUCGCUCUAUCGACGUCGCUGGAAUUCACCACUCACACUCGCCAGUAUGCAAUGAGGUCUCCGGCGGCAGAAGAUUCUAACACUAGAGCAGUCGCACAUAGUUCGAUUUCAUUCGUGGCACUUAUCGAUCACAAAAUUAGUAAUUCGGUUUAAAAAAUCUUAAAGUUAUUAAAUUUAUAUCCCACACCACCACUUUUUAGGCAACUGAUAAUGCUAAUCUUACUUGAAGCUUGUGUUGAGAAAACAUACUGUAUGCUAUCGCUGAUGCCCAUUACCGAUAAAAUCGAUACAUUCGAUUUAAACUUAUUCCAAUUCAAUUUCCCUUAUUGAAAAUAAAAAAUGCA